UCAAGCCGGUCGGUUAUUGGAAAACAUUUUGAAUUUUUUUUUGAAACACAAACAGGAUGUAACGAACAAAAGAAGAAAAAAGUCACAGUAUUCGAACACGGAAGAGAAAUGCGGCAAAAGGAAAUGCGUUGCUAUGUGUAUCAAAUGUAAGCAAAUCUUUAAUCUGUUGCAACAGUUUUCUGGUAAAAUAGAUUUCGUACGAGACGAACCAUUGUCCAUCGAAUGUACGCUUUGCGACGUACAAAUUAAUUCGUUGUCUUGUUUUCAACAGCACAUCAUGAAGAUACAUUUACAGUGCGAUGGAAAUUUACCGGCUACGAAACGAUCGUUCGCCGUUGAAAUUAUUAACGUCGAUGGAGAAUUGAGUAAUAACGAGAGUGGUAGUAACAAUAACAGAAAUAAUAAUAGCGAUAGCAAUAUUAGCAGUAACUUUCUUUUUGAAUGCUGUUGUUGCUUAAAAAGUUAUAAACGUAUGAAGAAUUUUAAAAACCAUAUCGAAAGAGUCCAUUACAAUUUCGACAACUCUGUAUUGAAUACCAUGUUUAACACAGGUAAAUAUAAAAAAACGUACGCUUUCGAUAAAAGUCCGAUUGUUGAUAUUACAAAUACGAUAUCGGAGAUUUCUAAGCAACUGGAAAGAUGCGUGAUAGAAACACGUAAUCAGGUGGAUGGGUAUUGUAUCAACGCGAAAGAUGUAAACGUUAAGAACGACGAUAAGUCGAUAGAAAAUGUGGAACUUGAGAAAAGGAUAAGCGAAGUGAAGCGUUCAAUGAUUACUCAAAUUACGAGGAAAACUUCGACAUUAGAAAACAAUGUGAAAAGUGUAAAUACCGAAGGAGAAAAUUCAAAUUUAAAUGAUUUUAAAGAAUUUCCAAAUACGAGUGAUAAUCGAGAUGAUACGAUGCACGAAAAACCAAAGACACUUUGCAGACCCUCUUCGUACGUUUGUAACGUUUGUUUCAACAAGUUCAAGGGAAAGCACGUAUUUUUAUUACACAUGUCGAAGCAUUCAAUAAAUUCCAAUAUUAAUAACACCGAUGCAGCUGCAAACGAGGAACAAACGAUACGAGAAAUUUUCGGAGACAACGAUAUAAUUAAACUCGAAGACAAUGCACGUUUGUCAAAUCUGUACGUAAAAGAUUCCGAGGGUUACCGUGGUAAUAUUGUACCGUAUAAAGACUGUAACAUAUUGAAUUCUAUUACGGUAAAUAGGCAUUUAGUAGACUCAAAAUGUAAAAUUUUAACAUCGAAAUUAAUUAGCAAAGAAAUUUCCAGCGAUAAACAUGAGAACUCUGAUCGUAUAAUCAAAGAAGAAAAUAUUACGUUGGAGACAGGUGUGCUGGAUUUUAAUUAUAUGUUGUAUGUAAAUUUUACACAGAAAGGAGGAAGAGGUGUGAAAAGACGAAAUUCGCUUAAAUACAAUAUACACAUAAGAAAAAAGUGCAAAACUGAUGAUACAAUAAGAAAUAAUAAUUUUAUCAUCGAUGCAAAUAUGGAGGAAGUCAUAGUGUAUACACCGAAAGAAAUACGUUGCAAUGUCUGUGGUAAAAAAUUCAAUUCUCAGAGAAUACUAAGGGAACAUAUGUUUUUUUUACAUGAUUCUAUUUUCGAAGGUUUAGAGUUAUCAAGCAUCCUCCUAAAUCAUUACUAUAAGAUGGAAAAUAUGUCCCUACAAGAUACCGAUACAUAUAAAAGAGGAUAUAAUGUUUCACCUAAAAAGGAUCUAUUGGAAUUGUUUAUGAUGAAAAAGAAAAACAUACGCGACAGAAGAAGAAUCAAUGAAAUGUUUAGGAAAUGCGAUACAAACAAAAGAAAUGGAAAGUGGCGUUGUAACCCGUGUAAAGAAAAUUUUGCAUUGAUUAGAAACUACUUGCGUCAUAAAUACUAUUAUCACAACGAUAAGUCUGUAGUCCAUGUUUGCGAUAAUUGCAACAAAGCGCUCACUUCGGUUGCAAUGGUGAAUAUUCAUACGUGUACCAAUGUCACAUCUUGGAAAUGUAAAAGAUGCAAUCUGAAUUUCAUCAAUGGCAUAUCUUUAACGAAGCAUAAUAUGAACAAACAUUUAGAGACCAUUGGUCCACAUAUAUGCGAUUUAUGUAAAUUAAGUUUCCUUACAAAAUAUAUGCUAGAAAGACACAAGUCUGUGCAUUCGACAAUUUGUUAUUAUGGUAAUGUAAACAAUGUCACAGAUUCAUUUGCAUCAGUGGAAGAUCAUUUUCCUCGUACUUUAAAUAAGACAAACAGCUCUGACAUUGAUCUCUCCGAAGAGGAAACACUCUCGUUGAGUGAUAAACGUGUCUUUCAAACGUGUUUGAACAAGCAUCCAGAAAAUGUUAAUAUAUCCUUAGAACCGGAAGCUAAUUUUACAGUUAUAUCUGUACUGUGCGAUGACGAGGAAGUAUUUAAAUGUAAUCUUUGCAACGUCGUGUGUCUUACAAAGAUACAAAUGAAAUUCCAUUUAGAAAAAUGGCAUAGUAUUAUAGUAGGAGUGUGUCAAGUUUGCAAUGAUUUGUACAUUUCGGAUGAACUGAUGAAACAUUUGAUAACUCACCAUAUAGUCUUGGGCGAGUCGGACUUGAAAGAAGACGAAGAUCUUCGAAAUGAUACAGCAAGAAUUCUUGGACUGAAGCGUUUACUAUCUCUUUACGAAUAUCACAGAUUCGACAAUAUCGAAGAAAAUCAAUGUUUUAAUUGUCACACGUGUUCGAAGGAAUUUUCAAGCAUACAGUUUUAUCGAAUUCAUUAUUUAAAGUUUCACGAUACGAUAUGUUUAUUAUGUAACAUAGAAUUCAAACACAGUUUUCAAGCAUUCGAACACAAAAUUAAGAUUCAUAUAUCGGUCAAGAAAUACCUUUGGGUAGUGAAACAAAUAAUUUCGACAAUUUUGCAGUUCAAUAAUUACGGAAGUACUCUCGAAGAUGUCAUAUUGCGAUCUAGCGAAGUAAGAAUUCACGAUGAAAAAUGAAAAUACUGUCUUUUGUGUAUAUAAUGGAAAUAAUAAAAAUAAUUCUACGAAGGAACUGUAUUAAAUUUAUUUUAAAAUACAAAUGAUAUGUAAUAUAUAUAUGUAUACCAAUUGAAAGUUAUAUUUUAAAUAGAACAUUAAGGGAAAAUUAAUUUUAAUCAACCAACAGAGUUGUACCUUGUAGUAAUAAGUAUUUAAUGUAUUAAUGGAAAUUCUUUUCGAACUUGUGAGUGGUGUUCAAAUUUCUUCGACGCGCAUGCGAGAACAGAAUCUGGCAUCACAGGUCUACAACACUACGAGAAAUAAAACUCUACAUGGCGGAUAAAAUUCCCCACACUUUUAUACUGGAAACCUAACCUAAAACCUAGAUAAGUCGGUAUCUCUAAAAAAAGGAUAAAAAGAAGAAAUAAUCUCGACAAAGUUUAUUAUAACAAAAACCUAGCCGAGCAGAGAAAUAUCGAUAAUGCGUUGAACUCUCCACGCUCUAUGGCGAUCGUAAUAUGAAUUGAAUUAAAUGAAUAGCACGUCGUCUAACCGUAAAUGACUCGGUUACCUCGGGAUCGCUAAACCCGUACGGUAGCUAUGAUUAAAAAUUCAACAUAGCUACAGACCCUGAGGGUCGCCUAGACAAAGAGAUUCUACGAUAUUAUUUGACUAUUAGUCAAAGAUAACAAUGGUACCCAGACAGCUCGACCGUAUUUGCAACUUUUGCGUGCAUUGAACUGUGGAAAUUGGCAGCUUGAAUCAUUUUCUUAGUUGACAUGGUGUAUAAUGGACCACAUAGUACAAUCAAAGAAGGUUGACCAUGAUUUACUUUCACAGUCAUAUACGAGAAGUGUUGAAAGAUCAACAGGACUGCAAACUUGUACGUAUGGUUUAUCCUCUAAAGUUUUACAAAACAGGCAGGAAUUUUGGAAUAAGUUAUUUCUCAAGUACACAGGACAUAUAUCAGAUGAAACUGGAACCGACGACGCAAACAUUGCCGUGCCAAUAAAAAAGUCAUUAAUGUCUAUACAGUAUUGGGUAAAUACUGGCUAUCUACCUACCGAUGCAAAUGUGAUACUAAGCGUACAUUCAAAGAGUUGUACUUCAGUCGAGUCUGAAUCAUUCGAUUUCUUAGAUCAUUGUUUUACGAGAGAAGCGUGUUACGAAAAUUCUACCGCGAGCUCUGUUGAUACUGCCGCGUACAUUUUGUCGAACAAUAAUACAACGAGUAAAGUUGAAACCAUGGCCAUUGUAGAAGGUGCGAAGCACGAUACGCAAGGAAAUUCUAGGAACGUGAUACAAACAAAUUCGCACGAAAUAGUUGAUACGAGAAAUACUUUGUUUCGUAACUCUGAACACUGUUACGAUAAAUUGUCGAACGAAAAACCAACAGGGACAAUUUAUGACCAUACAAAGAGAAACUCUUUUGUUACACAGAACUCGUUGAACGUAGAGUCAACGAAUACCAAUAAAAGUAUUCGCAAAAAACUGUAUACUCGUACAAAUUCACCUAUCGAUCUUCUUCACGCGAAAAGUGAUAAUAAUUUGAUGUCCAAGUCGAAAAAAUACAUACAUCCUGCGUUAAGUUCCGGUUCUAAACGGAAAAAAAGGCAUACAAUUUGUAUGAGAGGGAAAUUAAACAAACGCUCGUUCGUGUUUAAUAAAAAUUUCACGGAUGGCGAUCGAUUUAGACUUUUAAAAGAAAAAUGUAGAAGAAGAGAUCGUAGUUAUUUCGAUGAUAUUAUUCCGUUAUCCGAUCUUCCUUCGAAGUGUAAAGGUUCGCUCGAUAGAGGUAAUUCUAGUACUAUCAAGAAUUCGACAACACAUCAAAAUUUAAUACAAUGCACGGAUAAAUCUUCGAAUACGUCUAAUAGCAAGAAAUGCGAGAAACAUCGUGAAGCGAUAGAAAGAAGACAACAUUUAAAUCCGGUAGUUUGUUUAAAGCGAUUAUCAGAGUCUGAUUUACAGAAUUUUCAAGAAAAGAAGAGAAAUACGAAAGUAAAAGAUCUUGGCAAUUUGAAUCCAGUAGUUUGUUUAAGGCGGUUAUCUGACAAUGAUAUUAAAGUUACUUGCACCGAUAAUGCAAAGACGACAGGUACAAAUAGUUCGUUACUCCUAGACGUUGAGGUGCAAACCAGCGAUACGAAUAGCACGCAACAUUCAAGUUUUUUAUUCUGUAAGCCAGAAAGCGUACAUUUUGUCGAAGAUACGGAUAGUAGUUUAAGUACUCUUUUUAUCUAUAAAUGCGAAAGUGGGAUAUUUCAUAACGGUUUCUCUGCGAAUAAAUCGCUAAUGUCGAGCAACAAUCACCAUCGGCUUGCCGCUGCAGCAAAAGAGGGGUUAAAUAAAACAGAUGGAGAAUUGAAUAGUAAAUUCUUUCGUCAAAAUUUUAUAUCAAAUGUCUGUUCUAGGUCGAAAAUAAUGGCAGACAAUAUCAGACAUUUGCACGAUGGUAUUCGUGAUAAACGCAAAGAUGAGGAUAUACGUAAAAUAAAAAAAUCGAAAAUUUUUCAUAACAUACAAAUUUCCAGCGAUUCGUUUUUCAAGGAGAAUUACGAGCGAGAUGCUAUUCGCCCGUUAAAUGUAUCCGUUAAUUCGAGUAUCACAUCAGCUUCGGUUAAGUCGAGAGACAUUUGUAAAAAUAGGUUUAACAAUAAUUUCAAUGUAAAUAACGACGAGCCAUGUUUAUCGUUGGACGAAGACGACGGGUUUGUAAAACUUGUACACAAGUAUUAUUCUACCUGGAAGUAAGCCGCUAAGGGUACUCUGUCGUUGCGAAGAACUCGACAUCAGCUUCCAUUUAGUCAAUAAAAGAUAUUGAAGCGCAAAUGAAGAGUAAUAAAGGAAUAUUUUUGAUACCCAUUUCUCGAAAUUCAGCUUGACGAUGCCUACCAUUCGGUAUCUGGUAUGUAUGUUACCUUCAAUUUUUAAUGUUUGUUAGCGAGAGGAUAAGAUUGUAUUUAUGUUUUAUAUAAACCUUCGUAGUAAAUAAAUAUUGUUACUUUUA